AUGACUGCGUUGAAUGCAUCAAAGCUUUGGAAAAAAUGUAAGAUUCUACGGCUGACCAUAAACAUGCGACUACACAUCGGUCUAAGUGAGAGUGAUGCAAAUGAUAUAAGCUCUUUUUCAAAAUGGAUUCUGGAAAUCGGAGAAGGAAAAAUAAAUGAGCCUAAUGAUGGAGAAACUAAGAUAGAGAUUCCAGAAGACUUACUGAUUAAAGAUUGUGAGAAAAUAGUUUAUUUGAACGCUGAUAGUAUUGACCCAUCGGAAAGAGUGGUAAUUCCAGAAGAUGAUAUAGAUACUUUGGACAAAGAUUUUCCAAAAGAUAUUGACUACCCACAAGAAUUCUUGAACAGCAUCAAAAUUUCAGGCUUGCCUAAUCAUAGACUGCUUCUGAAGAUUGGAGCUCCUAUUUUCUUGCUUAGAAACAUUGAUCCAAAAAGAGGAUUGUGCAAUGGCAUACGGCUUAUUGUCACUCAGUUAGCAAAUCACGUUAUCGAAGCAAGAGUGAUUACAGGAAAAUCUAACAGUUAUGUAGACGAGAAGGUUUUAAUCCCAAGAAUGUUCGUUACUCCAGCCGAUGCAAAAUUCCCUUUCAAGAUGCGCAGAAGACAAUUUUCAGUAUCGCUUGCUUUUGUAAUGACGAUAAACAAAAGUCAAGGUCAGACUUUGGAGAAGGUAUGA